AUGAAUUGGAUUGUGCUCUUCGAUCUCAUGGCCUUCUCAGAUUUCAGAGUCAUAAUACCUUUAAUGAAAAUGAGGACCAUGAGAAAUACCCUCAGUGAAAAAAACAUGCUGAACAACUUCGUGAAGGAACAUGCUUAUAGACGGUGUCAGAUUUCUUCUCGUGGCUCAAAUAUAACUAUUCACCCCCUGAGGAACAUCAUGGAAAUGCUCUACGUGGGUAACAUCACCAUUGGAACACCCCCUCAGGAAUUCCAGGUUAUCUUUGACACAGGCUUAUCUGACUUGUGGGUACCCUCCCUCUUUUGCACCAGCCCAACCUGUUCUACACAUAUUAGGUUCAGACAUCUUGAGUGUUCCACCUUCCGGCCUAAGCAAAAGACCUUCAGCAUCGCCUAUGGAUCUAGGAGCAUGAAGGCAUUUCUUGUUUAUGACACCAUUCAGAUUGGGGAACUUGUAAGUACUGACCAGCCUUUUAUUCUAAACGUGAAUCAUUCUGGGUUUAAGGGAAAGCCUUUUGAUGGCGUCUUGGGCUUGAGCUACCCCAACAUAUCUCUCACUGGAUGCAUCCCCAUCUUUGACAACCUGAAGAAUCAAGGUGCUGUUUCUGAGUCUGUUUUUGCCUUCUACCUGAACAAAAGCAAGCCAGAGGGGAGUGUGGUGAUGUUUGGUGGAGUGGAUGAAUCCUACUACCAGGGAGCGCUCAACUGGGUACCAUUGAUCAAAGCAGGUGACUGGCAUGUACACAUGGACUGGAAAAACCGCAUCUCCAUGAAAGGACAGGUUAUUGCUUGUUCUGGCAGCUGUGAGGCUCUUGUUGACACCAGGACAUCACUGAUCCUUGGCCCAAGAAGACUCGUCAAUAACAUCCAGAAGCUCGUCAGUGCCACGCGAUGGGGUUCCGAGCACUGCGUUUCGUGUUUUCCAGUCAAUAACCUGCCCUCUAUUAUCCUCACCAUCAAUGGUAUCAACUACCCAGUGCCAGCUCGAGCCUACAUCCUGAAGGAUUUUAGAGGCCACUGCUAUACUACAUUUAAAGAGAACACAGUGAGUACCUUUACAGAGACCUGGAUCCUGGGUGACGUCUUCCUGAGACUGCAUUUCUCAGUCUUUGAUCGAGGAAAUGAUAGGAUUGGCCCUGGAACAGACAGUGUAAAUGCUUGGAGGUGUUCAAGAAUCAGUACGGAUGCUCCUAACAAACACUCACUUACACUUAGGGCACUCCUGCCCAAGAUGCUGGUGAACUGUAUUUGGUGGUCUGCACACCCUAUUCUCAGUAAAGAAUAA